GGGAGGGAGGAGGAGGGAGGGGACGGUGGGGCGGGGACGCCACCAGCCCCGGGUGUCCGUGAGACUGAGGAACCACAGGCCUGUACCGCAGACACCAGUGAUACAUUGUAUGUGAAUUAAUUGAACUCAAUGAAAAAGUAUUUUUUAAAAAGGCAUUUCUUGUACAGCGGGUGCAGGGAAGGAAGGGUUGGUGGCCGGGAUCGCACCUGGCUGAGCGGACCGCGCGCCCCCAGGGACAGAGGGACCUACUUAGGGAGAUGAUUUCCGAUAGCUCUUUCUGCUCCUCGUUUCUUUGUGAAGCAAAACUCUGUUUUCUGCUUGUUUGGCUGCUAGUGGCCUUUCUCCUUAAACUGCGAACUCGCUUCCGGCGGGAGGAGACAUCUUCUGCCCCAGACUCUGGAAACAUCUGGUUUGGUAGAGUGUUCGCAGAGAUACCAGUUUUAUUGUCCUGUGCGAUUAGAAAGUUAGGGCCAUCUGACAAAGAGCGGCUGGGUCUGGGGGACAGAGGGGGAAGCUGUGUGACCCUCGCUGCCCGUGGGCAGAGACCCAGCAGGGCCAAUGGCACACUUGACGGGAGAGCCCGGCCUGCCCAAGACACAUGGGCCGGGGAAGGGUUACCCUCUCGGGCUCCACACACGUCACCGCGAACGGCGAGUGGUCGUUCUUUCGGACGGCCGAGGGAUGCCCCGGACAUACGGACACACCCUGUCUGUACCCACUCGUCCGCGGACACGGACGUGGACCAUCUCCCUCGUCCGGCUGCUGUCGACAGCGCUGCUGGGAACGCUGGGGCGUGUGAGCCCCUCACGGCUUCUCUCUGUGUCCUGCGGGGGAGUCCCCAACACCGUCUCCGGCUCUGUAGACCGCCUGUGGUCCCGGCCACUCCUCUGCUGCGCAGAAGCUUUGCAUCCUGACGUCCCAGGAGUUCAGUUUUGCUUCUGUUUCCCUGGCCUCUGGGGCCUCGUCCAGGAAGAAGCUGCUCGCGACCAAGAGGCCACGGAGGGAGGGCGCUGUGGUGUUCCUGCUAGGACUGUGAUGGCUUCCUGUCCGCGUUUACGUCUUUCAUCCAGUUUGUAUUUAUUUUCCACAAAUCCAAUUUUAAAUAUUCCAGUAACCACAUUUUAAAAGAGCAAAAGGAAAUAAGUAAGAUUUACUUUAAUGAUCUAUUUUAUUUAAGCCAAUAAAUGCAAGAUAUCUCAGCAUAUAAUCAGUAAAAAAUAUCAUCAAUGAAACACAUUAUAUCUUACCAAAAAUGUUUUUCUCACCAAGUCUUCAAAAUGAUGAGUUUUUAUGCUUACUGCCCUUUUCCAUUGGAACUCAACCAGCCUGGAAGCCCUCACAGGAGUGGGAGUCAAGCGGGA